GUAAGAUGAAGUAUGGGAGCACAUGUCAAUAUGGCGGAAAGAACGAGAUUUCCAGCUGGCAAAUUCUUACUAUAUUCUGUCGCUUUGUUAGGCAUAUUGUGUACUAUCCAAGCGACUGAUAUUGGUAAAAAUGCUGGUGAUGCAUUGAUUGUCGAACACGCUAUUGGAGCAAGUGGAGAUCUGGUGUUCAAGGAAAGGGGUCACAUUUUUAUCAAGAGCAUCAAGGGAACAUUUGGUUCGUACAAAGACAGCGAAGAUUUCUCAUGGAAGACUUUCAAGAAUUCCCUAAAGGAUGCUGCCCGUCGUGGAGAUUUCUAUCAUAUUCGAGUGACUAUGAAUCCUUCAGAAAGUGUUGAACCAAAAUCUCCAUAUUAUGUUUCAACAUUAAUUAAGGCGUGCUCUCUGCUGCUCUCGAAUUUCUCAGAUAUAAUAAAACUCAACUUGGACCAUACCGGCCAUGUCUUUGCAGUUGGUCUGUCAACUACGAAAUCUGAUUGUAGUGAAACUUCAGCCAAUCAGUUCAAGAAAAUGGCAUAUGACCGAUUUAACACAACUGUUAUCCUUUCACAUGUUUCUCCUGGACCUACCCCUGAUACUCAGGCUUACAUAAAGAGAUUGGAAGAUGAAAGACGUGAAAAAGAAAGAGGAAAAGGCAAAGACAACAGAUCAUUCCUUCAAAAAUAUUGGAUGUACAUUAUUCCUCUGGUGAUAUUUGUGAUGAUGUCUAACCAAGAACCCCCUGCCGGAGCUGGUGGUGAUGGAGGUUCCGGGGGAGGUGGAUCUGCAUCGGCUAGUUAACUCAACUUGAACAUAAAGCACUGAUCUAAAGAUGUUGUUAAAGAGAAACUGGAGUUUUACCAUCAAGUAAAUUUUGUUCUUCAUAUCACUACUGUUUGUUAUCCAAAUUGGUUUGUACAAAUCUAUUUAACCACAAUGCAUUUUGGUAAAACACAGUCAAAACAAGUUUCAUCCUCCAUUUUUAUUAAACGAGAUGUUUCUAUAACGAGUGCAUGGCGAUCCUCUGGUGUAAUUAUAAGAUGAACUUUGACUUCAGUCUACGUAAAGCAGUAAAAUAGCUGGCGUGAUUUUUGGCGAAACCAACCCAAGUUUUUAUUCUGUGCUCGUUCUCCAGAAAAACAUUGAAUGAAAUUGAUUGUUGAUGUCGUUCACUAAACGAGAUCCAAAACUAUAAGAAUUAUUAAUGUAUAGUUGUGUGGCAAGACCACGAUGAUGAAUGAUUAUAUCUUGCAACUCAAUGCUUUUACAUUAUAGUUUUUAACGUUCGUGUAAAAAUCUCGAUGGUUUACAGAAUAAUCAUAAAAUUUUGUGGUUUGUUUCA